AGAAGCAGUCUUCGUCUAUGCGUUACAUUGACACUUGAUGAGGAGAGAAGUUCGUCGACCCUGCGUCGACUUGGAAGGGGCUAUCUUACACUAACCUCGAUAAGGUUGGAGCCAAACGUGGCGAACGCGAAGUCACGAUGCAGCAAGCACAUACUCUUGACAGCCUCUAAAGACCUUUGUUGUCACCUGAAUCAGCGCAAGCAAUUUGAGCGUAUAGUAUUUGUAACAAUUCGAGUAGACCUAUAAGCGCGCUCAUACACUCGACGCUUCGAAAGUGAAGCAGAGAGUCCUCAAUUUCGCUCAUCGUUCCGCAGUACCUUCACCCUCAAGAAAGUAAAAGACACAGGCGCGUAACAGCUCCUUCUCCCUACAUGAGAGUGGUCACGAUCUUCUUCACCUUUCGUUCUCGACCUUCUACUCUCACUGAUUCUCUUAAUUCUAUGUCAGCAAACAAACGUCAGAAGCUGUCCACCAUGGCAUCUUCCAAGCAAUCACCUAUCGUCCGCUUCUACGACCCAGAUGCUAAGGCAAAAGACGCACUCGGUCGCACACAAGAUCAGAUUCUGGCCUGGCCCAACAGCCAGCUCGAGAACAGCCACAACUACAUCCAGAUGCUCUUCCCGCUUCCUGAGGGCUCUCCGUUCAAUUACGCGGCACCUGUCAUCGACCUCGAGACCAUGAAGACAUUUCGCACGAGCAGCAAGCUGAGACAGCGGCUGUGCGCGAGCUUCGAGCGCAUGCUCACCUUCUAUGGGUUUACUACUUCGAUCCACCCUGAGCCCGAGAGCGAAGAGAAGACGGAUAUGAACGAGUCCAAGCAACCCUCUACGGAGGAGGUAUCCGAGCCUUCUCAGACCAUAUCCGAGACUGGAGUAGGCGUUUCAGAUGCACAGGCCCCCGCGAUUACUACUAGCGAGUCCACCAUGGGGAAGACUACAGAAGCAACCCGUGCCGAGGCGGCGCGAGAUGAACCUGAAGCUUCAGCGCCCGAGCCCAAGCCUACCUCGCCGGCCUCUCCCCUCGGCUACUAUGUAGUUCGCGGUCCCAACUUCCGCAAAGCUUCUCGUAACUGGGCCGUCCGCAUGGACCACAAUCACCUGCGCAUUACUCGCAUCCUCCGCUCUCUGCGAGUCUUGGGUCUGCAAAGGGAGUGUGACGCCUUUUUCGUCGCCUUGAAGCGUGUGUACCACGACCCGGCCAUCAACAUCGGACCCCGGUCAUUGGAUUUCUGGACUCGUGCUGUAGAGCGCCCGCUGUAUGUUGCGCCUGAUGAUGAGGAGUGCGACUGGCUGAAAGCUUUUGAGGAGAGAGAGCAGCAAGAUGCGAAGUAGGAACCCUUGCGUUCGCUUUUGGACCAGAUUGAGAGGAAAAUACAGGGGAAUGGGGAGCUUGGCACGCGAGCGAAAGGUAUCGAUUGCCAUGGUGUGCAGAAUGGACAAUUCCAUCGGAAGAAGAACGCUGGUACACGAGGAGUUUAGAGCAAGACACAGGGGUGAGCCGAGCCAUAAAGUCAUGAUGCGGAGGCAGUCGCGGGUAGGAGAGUACCUCCCAUCACAUGUCUGUUCAAGCAACACAACAUUUGCGAAAAAAGGAGUAGAAAACGAAGACCAGAUUCACAUAGACUUGUGUUCAAUGAAAUAUAGAAGAGUUCAUUGCCUCG